UGCUGGGCGCGGAGGGAAGUGGGCGCGGAGUGACAGCCGAGCCCGGGCGCCGGGCGCGGGGCUCGGUGACAGCAGAGGCGGCGGCCCGGGCGGGACGCAGGGAGCGGCCGCGGCGCCGUCGGCGGCGGGAAGGGCGGACGGGGCGGGCCUCCCUGGUGGCGCGGAGCCGGAGCAGCCCGGGAGCAGGUUGCGGGCACAGCUCGUGGGCCAGGCACCCGAACUUGAGACAAGUUGCCGGAGCCGCGGGGCGCGGGCGGCGGACAGAUUGACCUUCAGAGCGAGGGAGCCGGUGCCGGCAGCCACCAUGGCGUCACGCAUAGGGCUGCGCAUGCAGCUCAUGCGGGAGCAGGCGCAGCAGGAGGAGCAGCGGGAGCGCAUGCAGCAGCAGGCAGUCAUGCAUUACAUGCAGCAGCAGCAGCAGCAGCAGCAGCUCGGGGGGCCGCCCACCCCAGCCAUCAACACCCCUGUCCACUUCCAGUCGCCACCACCUGUGCCCGGGGAGGUGUUGAAGGUGCAGUCCUACCUGGAGAAUCCCACAUCCUACCAUCUGCAGCAGUCGCAGCAUCAGAAAGUGCGGGAGUACCUGUCCGAGACCUAUGGGAACAAGUUUGCCGCCCACAUCAGCCCAGCCCAGGGCUCUCCGAAGCCCCCACCAGCUGCCUCCCCAGGGGUGCGAGCUGGACAUGUGCUGCCCUCCUCUGCUGGCAACAGUGCUCCCAACAGCCCCAUGGCCAUGCUGCACAUCGGCUCCAACCCCGAGAGGGAGUUUGAUGAUGUCAUUGACAACAUUAUGCGUCUGGAUGAUGUCCUGGGCUACAUCAAUCCUGAAAUGCAGAUGCCCAACACGCUACCCCUGUCCAGCAGCCACCUGAAUGUGUACAGCAGCGACCCCCAGGUCACAGCCUCCCUGGUGGGCGUCACCAGCAGCUCCUGCCCUGCAGACCUGACCCAGAAGCGAGAGCUCACAGAUGCUGAGAGCAGGGCCCUGGCCAAGGAGCGGCAGAAGAAAGACAAUCACAACUUAAUUGAAAGGAGACGAAGGUUCAACAUCAACGACCGCAUCAAGGAAUUGGGAAUGCUGAUCCCCAAGGCCAAUGACCUGGAUGUGCGCUGGAACAAAGGCACCAUCCUCAAGGCUUCUGUGGAUUACAUACGGAGGAUGCAGAAGGACCUGCAGAAGUCCAGGGAGCUGGAGAACCACUCUCGCCGCCUGGAGAUGACCAACAAGCAGCUCUGGCUCCGUAUCCAGGAGCUGGAGAUGCAGGCUCGAGUACACGGCCUCCCUACCACUUCUCCAUCUGGCAUGAACAUGGCGGAGCUGGCCCAGCAGGUGGUGAAGCAGGAGCUGCCUAGUGAAGAGGGCCCAGGGGAGGCCCUGAUGCUGGGGGCUGAGGUCCCUGACCCUGAGCCGCUGCCAGCUCUGCCCCCACAAGCCCCACUGCCCCUGCCCACCCAGCCACCGUCCCCAUUCCAUCACCUGGACUUCAGCCACAGCCUGAGCUUUGGGGGCAGGGAGGAUGAGGGUCCCCCAGGAUACCCCGAAUCCCUGGCGCCGGAGCAUGGCUCCCCAUUCCCCGGCCUGUCCAAGAAGGAUCUGGACCUCAUGCUCCUGGACGACUCACUGCUACCGCUGGCCUCUGAUCCACUCCUGUCCACCAUGUCCCCUGAGGCCUCCAAGGCCAGCAGCCGCCGGAGCAGCUUCAGCAUGGAGGAGGGCGAUGUGCUGUGACCCUGGCUGCCCCUGUGCUAGGGAACAGGGGCUGGCCUGCGGGCUGGGAGGGCCCGGGGCACCUCCCUCCCACCCUUCAGGCUGCACUUGUGUGUGAAGUAGCCACCUGCCCUGCCUCCCUCCCCGUUGGCCCCCGUUUGGACUUAGUGCCUGUCUGGCAGCCUUUGGGGUCAGAAGCAUCCCCGGGCAGCCCUCUUGACUGGCAGGGUGGGAAGAGGCCUUCAGCUCCUCUCCCAGAGAUGGAAUCGGGAGGCAGGGAGGAGGCAGGGUGUUCUAGAGGUGAGAAGAGGGCCUGGUGGAGACGCCCUGUCUUCUGAGACUGACCCCCUCAUUACCAGUGUAGGACAUGCUGGGGGUCUUUGGGAAGCUCCUUGUCUGAGGCCACUGCUCCUGGGGGUGCCCAGGCCUGCCUUUCUGUGACUCAGAUGGCAGCCAGCCCGCCCCACAGCCUGGUCCUCAGGCCCUCCCACAGGUGGGCACCCCCACUUUGGUGCUAACAGCUCUCCACCAGGUGGUUCGAGCGCGGGGGCUGCCGGAAGCGGGAGGAAUCACUGCCAGAAGAGCAGCUGCCUUCCGAUCCCCCACUUUGUGCCUUUAGUAAACACUGUGCUUUGUA